AUGAGUGACUGUUUUGGUCGAAGAUUUGCACUCUUGUUUGCUGACAAAUUGAUACUCGUUGGUGGACUACUACUCGUAGUGUUUCUAUCUAUUAGUGAUUAUGUUUUUGAUUGUUACUUGGUAACUACUGUUAUGAAGACAAUUAUAGGUUUUGGGGUUGGAAUGACAUCAAUAACCUCCCUUAGUUACAUAUUAGAAGUAGCUUCAACUCAUCCUCUAAAAAAUCUACAUAUUUGGAAUUCUACGUAUUUUACUGUUGGAAAAUUCAUCUUCUUUUGUAUCGAUACCAGAGUUGCUGCUUAUACUCAGGACCUUAAUAAGACAUCAGAUUAUAUCCUCGCAAUGGCAUUGUUUCCAGCUCUGCUUCAAUUUUUGCUAAUGAGGGAGCUUCCUGAUUCACCUAUAUGGCUAUAUAAAAUGAACCGAAAAGAGGACUCAAUUAAAGCUUUCGGGACAUUUUACACUUCCCGUGAAGUUGAGAAAGAGUUGGAAGCUAUAAGGUUGUCAAUUAAGAAUGAAACAGGUGGUCCAGAUGAAAAACCCUAUUAUGAUAGGAAUAUCUUUUUUAGGAUGAGGACAACAUGGAAUAAUUCAUUAGAACGUAGACAGAUUGUUGUUGGUAUUGAUCUGCAAGUUGCUGAACAGUUUGUGAGUGAGAACACGUUAAUUUAUGUCUUUCCGCGUAUCAUAAGGAUGGGUGGCCUCAUAGCAUCACCAAAUCCUAAAUGGGACAUCUGGUAUAUGAAGUUGACUUUCUUGAUGUGCUAUGGUCUUAAUGGUAUUCAAAGUGCAAGUCUGCCUUACAGAAUUGUAAAACUUUCGAGGAGGAAGAUUUUGCUUGUCAAAUCAUACUGUAUGAUGGUGUGUCUUUUAGGGUUAAGUUUCUUCAUUAUUAUAUCACCUAAUAAUAUUAGAGGAGUGAGUAAUAAACUGGAGACCAUCACGUAUUUCGGUAACAACACAUGUCCGAGUUAUACUUCAGCACCAGAUGCAGAUGCAUGGAACUGUUUCAAAUGCCUUCAAGCAGGAUGCGGAUUCUGUAAUGGUAUUGAUGAAAAUUUCAUGCGUGCACCUAUUGCCUGCUUGGCUGUAGAACCUAUUGGGACAUCACCAUCAUGUUUUCCUGAACAGGGAAUCUGGUUUGCACCAGAUUCCGUCACAAGACAAUGCGAAUUGAAGAUUCCUUAUGGUCCAGCUUUUAUAUUGUUAAUAAUCGGCCUUGUUCCCUACACAUUUGGGUUGGAAUCACAUAUGCGCUCAAGGAUGUCCAAGGUAGAAGUUAGAGGGAGACUUGCUGGGACUGUAGCAGCGACCAACUGGAUCUCCUUCCUCUUGGUGAUUGUAUCAUCUUUUACGAUUAAUAAAGAUGGAGGAACUCUAUUCUUAAUGCUCCUCAUCAGUUUGAUUUCUUUCUUUGUUACUCGGUUGAUCAAUUUGUCUUAUUUGUGGGUACCAGAAAUGAAAGGUUCCUCCCAGUCCAAAGUGGAUACUUCCAAAGUCAGUUGA